AUGUCGACAACCAUCGACCAAGACACAGGACCAUCUACAACCUCAGAGCCCGAAGAAGACAAUCAAAACAACCACCCAGCCCCAGACAAUGUAAUAUUAGAAAAAGUUCCCACUGCCUACAGCACAGCAAAGGUCGAGGUGGUUGGCGACAAGAUUGUGUUCCGGCCGACAUGGCAGUUCCGGCUCGCCUUUCUGGCGCUCAGCACGCUCUGCCUGGCCGUUGCCUUCGACGCGACCACACUGCCUGUGGCCCUUCCGACGGUCAGUACAGACCUGGGCGGUACGGCGCUGCAGGCAUUCUGGUCGGGAACGAGCUUUUUGCUUGCCUCGACCUCGCUGCAGCCGACGGUGGCAUCUCUCAGUAAUAUCUUUGGUCGGAAAUAUCUCAUCUACAUCUCCUCCGUGUUCUUCCUCGCCGGCUGCAUCAUCGGCGGUCUGGCGGGAAACUUCACCGUCCUCAUCGUGGGCCGAACCAUCCAGGGCAUCGGCGGAGGCGGCAUCAUGAGCCUCACCGAGAUGGUCAUCGCGGACCUUGUUCCACUGCAGUUCAGAGGAGAGUGGAUGGCCCUGGUUUCUAUGUCAUGGGCCGUGGGGACUGUGUUUGGUCCCCUGAUAGGCGCCGGCUUCACGCAGAACGUAACGUGGCGCUGGAUCUUUUACGUCAAUAUACCCAUCAUAGCCAUCGGCAUGGCCCUCAUCUACUUCUUCCUCAACCAGAGCCCCAUCCCGGGAGGCGUGCCCCAGAAACUAAAGCGCUUCGACUGGAUCGGAAGCCUCUGGUUCAUGACCAGCUCGACGCUGUUCCUCUUCGGCCUCACGGCGGGCGGCACAAUGUACGCCUGGAAGUCGGCAGCCGUGCUGGUGCCUCUUCUCGUGGGGCCCCUUUCACUAGUCGGCUUUGCCUGGUACGAGGCGCGCAUCGCCGGGGUGCCCAUCAUCAAGAAGGCCAUUUUCAGUAACUGGGACAUGAUCGUCUCGUAUAUCAUGACCAUAGUGCACGGCAUGAUUACCUGGUCGCUCGUCUACUUUAUAAUUCUCUACUACCAAGGCGUAAAGCUCUACACCCCGCUCAUCUCCGGCGUGGCAGGCCUCCCCGAAUCCCUCUGCGUAGCCCCCGGUGCCGGCGUCGUCGGCGUCGUCGUCGCCCGAACAGGCCACUACCGCUGGUCCCUCUGGUCCGGCUGGGCCCUGACGACCCUCGGCGCAGGCCUCCUCGUCCUUCUCGGCCCCGACACCACCAUCCCCCAGUGGAUCUUCCUCAACAUCCCCAUCAGCCUCGGGAUAGGCAUGCUGUUCCCGUCCAUGGGCCUGUCGAUGCAGGCCGCGUGUGCGCCGGCGCACAACGCCGAUGCCAUGGCCUUCUUCAGCUUCUCGCGGAACCUGGGGCAGGCGAUCGGUGUGGCUGCCAGCGGGGUUCUCUUUCAGAAUGCCUUUCGGACCCAACUGCUGGGGUUGCCUGACUGGCGUGCUGAGGCGGACGUGCUGAGCCGGGAUGCCACGGCUGUGGUUGACAUGGUGAAGGCGAUGGCGCCGGGGGCGGCGAGGAGGGACUUGAUUGGGGCGUAUAGUGGUGGGUUGCGGGAUGUCUGGAUCUUUUUGACGGCGCUGGCUGCGGUUUGUUUUCUUUUGAGUUUCACUGUGAAGGGGUUUAGUCUUAAGCAGGAGCAUGUCACGGAGCAGGGCUAUCAGGUGAGGGAGAAGGAGGGAAAGGAGAAGGGGAUGGAGGAUGUUGAGAGGUGAGAUUGUAUGGAAAGGAAGAAAUGGCUGCGUUUUCUCCCCUCCCCCGUCUUUUCUGUUUCCGAAGCCUGCUUUGUUUACUUUUAGAUCAAACAAUCACAUAGAUUUGAUAGACAGACACGAAUAAUGAUACCAGCGUAUAGAC